AUGCCCUAUGAUCGUGAUGGAGCUCCAAGAUCAACCGCAACGCUCCCACAGAAUACCAUAAACGGUGCCUUGCUGAAGCUUCAUUGCUAUACAAAGUGUAUGUUGUCGUCCUUGACCUUUACGCGAGGUGGUCCUUUGACGGCUGUGAAACGUGAGCUUGAACCUAUCAGAUAUGCAAAGCUCGCUGGAUCGCCUUCAUUUUCCUGGUGGUGCCAAGGGCCAUUUUGGCUCAAGGUGAAUUACUGGAUUCCAUUGGCCUCUGACGCCAUCUUUAUGCUUUGCGACACCCAACGUGCUGAACACCUGAUGCUUGUCGAUCUCGGUCGCAAUGACGUCAAUCACAUCUGCAGACCAAGAAGUGUCAAGGUUGACAAGAUUAUGCGAAUUGGAUCUUAUUCUCACGUCAUGCAUAUGGAUGUCUCGACUUCCGUUGCACCCAAGAUUCGUGGUUUGCAGAAGGAAAAGCGUGGCAUUUAUGAUGGGUAA